AUGGCACCUUCAGCAAUCUCAAAAUUCCCCAACGACACCAGCAGCAUCCCCUCAACCAAACCCACGAAAAAAACCGACGAUACCGAACUCACAGAACAAAAGAAAAAAUCCCCCCUCCAACUCAUCUCCCAAGGAACCUGUCUCCCGGGCAUCCCCAAAUUCAUCUCCUUCUCCACCCACCGCCAAUGGCAACUCGAACACAUGGCCCUCGCCUUCCGCAUCUUCGCCCGCAAAGGCUACAGCGAAGGCAUGUCGGGCCACAUCUCAGUCCGGGACCCGGAAAACCCUCACAGUUUCUGGACGAACCCUUUAGGCCGACAUUUCGGGCUCCUGAAAGCCAGCGAUAUGAUUUUGGUGGAUUAUGAAGGGAACGCGAUCGGAGGGAAUCUCUCGAGGCCCGUGAAUGCGGCGGGGUUUUUGAUCCAUAGUGCGCUGCACCGGGCGAGACCCGAUGUUGUGGCGGCUUGUCAUACGCAUUCUCCCGCGGGCAAGGCGUGGAGUGCGUUUGCGAGGCCGUUGGAGAUGAUUAAUCAGGAUGUUUUGUAUUUUUACGGGGAGGCGCAGGCGGUUUAUAAGGAUUUUGGAGGUGUGGUUUUCACGCAGGAAGAAGGGGAAAGGCUUGCUGCUGCCUUGGGUCCUAAUGGAAAGGGUAUGAUUCUGCGGAACCACGGUCUAUUGACAGUGGGCAACACCGUCGAUGAGGCCGCAUACCUUUACACUUUGAUGGAACGAAGUUGUGAGGUUCAGCUCCAGGUCGAGGCUGCCGCUGCCAACGGGAUUCCAAAGGUCUAUGCUCCAGAGGAGUCUGCCAGGUUUACCUACGAGAACGCAAGCGACCCAGAGACACUCUACUGGGAAUUCCAGCCAGACCUUGAGUACGAGAUGGAGCAGUGCGGUGGUGCUCACGCUUUAUGA